UCACUCUUUAACAAGCUCAGACAAACACGACCACCGAAAAAAAAAAUAAAAAUAAAAAAAUAAAGAAACCACUCCCCAAGUUUCACAAGACACCCAGAGAGAAAACCCAGAAACACUAUUUCUUCUUCUUUCACAUAAUUUUUCCUUCUUUAUUAUUAUUAUUAUUAUUAUUAUUUUUUCUAUUACUUUCUUUCUUGGGUUUUCUUGGUGUCCAAUCAUGGGGAGGGGAAGGGUGCAGCUGAAGAGGAUUGAGAACAAGAUCAACAGGCAGGUCACCUUCUCGAAACGCCGUUCUGGGUUGCUCAAGAAAGCCCAUGAGAUCUCUGUUCUUUGUGAUGCUGAGGUCGCUUUGAUUGUUUUCUCUAACAAAGGCAAGCUUUUCGAGUACUCGACAGAUUCCUGCAUGGAAAGUAUCCUGGAACGGUAUGAAAGAUAUUCAUAUGCAGAGAGGCAGCUUCUUUCAAAUGACCAAGAAACUAACGUAAGCUGGACGCUGGAACAUGCAAAGCUCAAGGCCAGGAUGGAAGUUCUACAAAGAAAUCAAAAGCAUUUCAUGGGAGAAGAUCUUGAUUCAUUAAGUCUCAAAGAGCUUCAAAAUCUGGAACAGCAACUUGAUUCGGCCCUCAAACACAUAAGAUCAAGGAAGAAUCAACUCAUGUACGAAUCCAUUUCAGAGCUUCAGAAAAAGGAUAAGGCAUUGCAGGAUCAUAACAACUUGCUGUCAAAGAAGGUAAAAGAGAAGGAGAAGGAGAUAGCCCAACAGGCACAAUGGGAACAGCAAAACAAUGGCGGCGUGGACUCGUCAGCUGGCCUCCUACCGGUACAACAGCCAUUGCAGUCCUUGAAUAUUGGAGUAUCUUACCAGGAAAGAGGUGAUGGAGAGGAUGAAGGAAAUGAAACUCAAAACCGAGACAAUCCGCUCCUGCCACCUUGGAUGCUUGGCCACCUUUAUGAAUAGAAAGAAUCAAAUAUCAUAAGCUAUAUACUAUAUGUAUAAUGUCUAUGCCUUUGUGUCUAUACAUACAUAGAUACGUAUAUAUACAUAUGUAUAUGUAUAUGUAUGUAUGUAUGUAUGUAUAUAUGUAUGUAUUACAUAUAUAUGUUGUAUUACAUACAUAUAGAUUACACACACAUGUAUGUAAUUGUGUGGAUGCAUGUGGGUACGAGAGAAACUCUUGGAUUAAAAAUGGUGCAAAAAUGUAAAAUGUUGAAAAUUAUUUAGUAGAAUGGAGUACAAUGGAUAUUGUAUGAUUUUGUGUAAAUUGUGUAGGCUGCUGCUUUGUACUAUCCGUUUUCGUGUUAAUAAAUAAAGUAGAUGGAGCAUCGUGCUUGAAGAUUGAUCAUCAA